AAGCUUUCCGUCAUUUCCUCGGUCCCCAUGGUCCAGUGUGGAGUCUGGUUGAAAAACUCGACAGAGAUUCUUUCCUUCGAUAUGAGUUUCCUGUGAUAUGCUUGCCAAAACCAACUCAGCGUCUGUUUACUGAAGGAAUCAUUUCAACAAUGUAUUAUAACAAAGUCCAGUUUAACAAUGACAGCAGAACAUCAUUAGUUUUAAGCACAGGUGCUGUGGAAUAUUUUCUCUAUCAGUUUGCAUAUUUCAUAACGCAAAGUAGCUCACCUUGGGACAGCACCAGAGCGGCUGACCGAAGCCAUGACACAAUCUACACGGCUUUGUUCUCAGAAUUCUUGGAGUAUUUUCUUCCAUCGCAAACCAUGACAUUACCAGCACAUUCGUCUGGAAACAGAGCACAGCAGCAGCCGAAAUUGACGCCAAGGAAGUACUUAUCGAAAUCUAGAUAACAGCAAAUACAAGAAAAGAUACGAAGAGUUGGUGGAGAUUAACCAUG